GCACCUACACUCGCGUGUCCCUUUCCCGGCCUCCUCGCGGAUCACCCGGUUCGCGGGCCGCGGACGCGGACGCGAACGCGAACGCGGCGGAGAGAAAGAGACGAGGUGGGCGACGGUGAGAAGAGAGGCGGGAAGGAGAGGUCGAGAGAUGGCGCGCGCGAGCGCGCGCGCGCUCGCGAGUGUGUGAGGGGGACCAGCGGAGUAGCGGAGGCAGCAAGGAAGAGCGAGGAAAACGAGAACGUUGGGCGUUGGAGGAGGGAAAGAGGACUGCCGCCGCCGCCGCUGCCGCUGCUACUACUACAACUACUACUCCUGGAGUCCCCCCCACCACGCGGCCUGCCGCCGCGACGCCAGUCCGUAGUCAGUCAGCGCUGGACCGCCGCCCGCUCGAUUUCGCGAUCCACGAACGACGGUAGCCUCUAACCUCCGCCUCCUCCCCGCUUCUUUUCCGUCUACCGCGUUCCGGUUCACUCUCUCUCUCUCUCUCUCUCGCUCUUUCGCGCGUCACUCUCUUUCUCCUUCUCUCUCUUUAUUCGUUCCGCUCUCUGUUGCCGUGUUUUCAACCUCUUUAUCUAAUACACGUGUACUCUCUCGCUUGUUUCAUUGCCGACUAUCCGAUUAUCUCUUUGUUUCCGCUUUGUUUUUCUGGUCCUUACGUACGCGGGGCGUCGUGCGCAUCGUAGAGAGAUUAUCGCGCGAUUAUCGGAAUUCUCCUACCUUCCACACCCCCUCCCUCUCCACAUUCUACCUUCGUCGGAUCUUCCUCGAUCCCGAUAGCGGUCGUCCGAAACGACGUGCGUCGCGUGAGAAACAGUGUGAAUACGCGACGACCGAUCGGGAUAGAGUGACGAGUGACACUGAUGAUGAUUGCUUGCAGAGAAGAGUGGUGAACCAGGAGUUGGUUGGUGUACGAGUACAGAUUCCCGGUCCGGUUCCGCGCGUUCGCCAAUCAUCACCGCGUUUCCAAGUGGCGGAGAAUGUAGUGACGAUAGUCGGGGGAAGGGAGUAAUCGAUCAAUCGAUCCAGCCGUCGAUAUGUCGGUCGGCUCCAAAAUGGCGACGGAGUGACGGAACUUUCGCGCGCUUCAUUUUUUCUCGCUCCCGGCCACGCUCCGAGCGUUCGACCUGGCCUCCUGGCCCUGGCCCCACACCCCCCUCGCGACCGGUGAACGCGUCCACGCGUAGAGUCGGGUGCACGUGCGAAACCUCCGUAGAAUGACGGCGACCGCGGGGAUCGCGUUACCGACGACGACGAGCGUCCCGUCGUCGGCGACCACGAUGAGGUAGUGAGAUCGUCCUGGGACCACGUGUCGGGCCGGUGCCGGCGACCGCGAGUGCGUUGAGAACGGAAGAGGACGCAGAAGACUCGUCCCAGGUUGGUGACAUUGUUCCCCCGCGGGGAGGGGAAGGAUAUCUCUCUCUCUCUCUCUCUCUCUGUCUUGGUUGGAGCCACCGCCGUCUUGGACCGCUCGAUUUUUCGACGACCAACGACGAGAUCGCGAGGUCGUGGACGAAGAGAGGAGAAGAACUGGAGGUCGCACGGAUAAUCGAGCACUCCCGAAGGACGCAGAUGCCCCGAAGGAAACAGCACGCACCGCAACGCAUGAAAUGUAAGUAGUGGUCUCCGAUCGUUUGAAAAGCGAGCGGCUCGGAGCCGCCGCACCGGACGGGAGAUAUGCGCAGCAAGCAGCAACCCAGGCCUUCUUUCCGAUGGCCGCAGCAGCGCGGUGAUAACCUUACCGGGGAGGACGGCGUCGAAGGUUCUGCGCCCGGUACGGACCUCCAAGGCGAGGAGGGCGAUUGCGUCGACGAGGAUGGGCCCAUUAGCCCUAGCGAGAGGGGCUGCGCGCCCGCUGCAAAAGAGGACGAGGAUGCCGAGGGAACGGAUGAAGAGGACGAUGAGGAGGCAUCGCCACCUACACCCCCGCCUUCGGCCACCUCGAGGUUAAACCCGACUAUCCUGCGAGACACGGGACCUCCGGACAGGGAGCCAAUGAGUCCGCGCUGUCCUUCGAGAGAUUCUCGGGAAUCAUCCGGUCCGGCGACCGGAAGUCCCCCACCACCUGCUACCAGGAGCAGCGCGAGUCCAGUCAGUCCAAGUAGUAUCGUGCCUCUACCCCUUGGAACUCACUCCCUGCUACCAUCCCACCCUGCAGCGGUCAUGGCGGCGUAUCUGCAACAGACCCAUCAGCGUCUCCUCCUCGGCCACUCGCCUUUAUCGCGUGGUUCGGUGUCGCCGCUGGUCUCUUCCUCGUGUUCGCCACCAGCCGCCACCCCCGGUCUCUUAGUAUCGCCUACCAGCGUCGGGGAGAUCUCGCCGUCGGCGACACCCCUGCCAGCUGUACUGGACUUCAGCACGAGGAAAACGUCUUCGACCGAGGAGGACGAGGAAGAACAGAUAUUAAAUCUCAGCAAACCACCUACGCCGUCUUCCUCGACGGAAACGAACAAUGGUCCGCUGGAUCUUUCGGUAUCCAGCAGGAAGCGACCUGGACCGGAAGACUCGCCGCCACCGCCACCGCGCAAGUCAUCGAGACUGGCUUCCACGACAAGCUCUACGAGCCAUCAGGAAACACCACCGGGAGUCACGUCCGGUUUCGGUAGACCGCCCGUGGUGUCUCCCUGGACGUCUCCGGUGGUGGCCUCGCACUUUCCGUACUUCGCCGCAGCGGUAGCGGCAGCGGCUACUAGUCAGCAGCAGCUUUCGCCGAAGAGCACCAGUGGAGUAGUAGAUCAUCAUCAACUUUGGAAUGGGAAAAUGAAACCGCCAGCCGCGUUGGACAAGCCGUAUCAACCUAGCGAAGCUACAAAGGCACUCGAGAAAAUGAGUGAACUGAGCAAGUUGGGUGGCGAGGAUCUCUUCAGGUCGUCUUCCGGAGGAGGUGGUGCUGGGACAGGUGCCAACGCACCGGCGACGACGUCCAGUAGUCGCCAUAGCGCCUGGCAAUCUCACUGGUUGAAUAAAGGUGCCGAUCAAGCGAAGGAUGUUCUGAAAUGCGUAUGGUGCAAACAAAGUUUCCCGACUUUGGCCGCAAUGACGACGCACAUGAAGGAGGCAAAGCACUGCGGCGUAAACAUGCCGGUACCACCGCCAACGCAAGGAAUUCAUUCCCAGCAAACGACGAUGCCAACCAUACCACCGCCUCAACAGCCGCAUCAACCGCAAACAUCCACCGGCAAUACUGGCAGUAACAAUUCGGCCACACCUAGCAGCAAACAAAGUCCAUCCGAUUUGAAUCUACUGAUCAAGGAAACGAUGCCACUGCCGCGAAAGCUUGUGCGAGGCCAGGAUGUCUGGUUAGGCAAGGGAGCUGAACAAACGCGGCAGAUUUUAAAGUGCAUGUGGUGCGGACAGAGCUUCCGCUCCCUAGCCGAGAUGACCUCGCAUAUGCAGCAAACGCAACAUUACACGAAUAUUAUCUCUCAGGAGCAGAUAAUAUCCUGGAAAUCAUCAGACGAGAGCAAGAGCGGUAACGCAACCGGUACUGCAGGAGGUGGCGGAAAUGUCGCCGGUGGUGGGGGCGGCACAGUACAACCAGGCGGAGGAGGAUCCGGACCUCACGGAAACAAUGGUGGACCCGGUGCUGGUGCCACGAGCAGUCACGUUAGCGCUGUACUGACCUGCAAGGUUUGCGAUCAAGCGUUCAGCUCCCUAAAGGAAUUGAGCAAUCAUAUGGUAAAGAAUUCGCAUUACAAGGAACAUAUAAUGCGCUCGAUUACCGAAAGCGGUGGACGUCGGCGACAAACGCGCGAGAAACGGAAAAAGUCACUGCCCGUGAGAAAGUUGCUGGAACUAGAACGCGCGCAGAACGAAUUUAAAAAUGGCGACGCUGCCGCCGGUUUGACUCACAGCCUCGGCAAGCACGCCGGUAGAAUCACAUGCGAGAAAUGCGGCGAAAAGAUAGAAACCCCGCUUUUCGUUGAACACAUACGUCAAUGUAUCGGCGCGGGCACGGUGGGCGCCAAUCAGCGAAAUUUCCUGAAGAACGCGCUCAUGUCCAAUCAUUUGCCCGCGACGUUGCCGCCCAACGAAAGCGGACGUAAGAGCGUCAAUGAGGAAACGUCUUCGAUAUCUUCGAGGCACCAUCGGUCUCCCUCUUCGGCUAGCGACGCAACAACGCCGGGAAAAGAUACUCCUACACCGAACGCUAAUGAAACUACCGCUCCGAUAGGUACCUCACCGUCGGUUUUGAACGCGAUAGAGAAGCUCAUCGAAAAGAGUUUCGAUUCUCGCGUGAGGCACGGUACGCCCGGUUUGCAUCACGCUCAACCCGGCGCGCCGAUAGGUACGAGCAUCCUCAAGCGUUUGGGUAUCGACGAGAGUGUAGAUUAUACGAAACCUCUGGUCGAUCCGCAAACAAUGAGUCUACUUCGAUCUUAUCAGCAGCAGCAGCAUCAGCAGCAACACUUUAACGCAAACGCCGCGACGAGAAGGGAGCGAAGCGGUAGCGAGUCCAGUUCGAUAUCGGAACGAGGAAGUGGCAGGACGGAUACCAUGACACCGGAGAGACGUAUGGACCUGUCUAACGCGAGUCACGAAAGACACUCGGGUUCCAUGCCUUCUCAUCAUCAUCGCGCCACACCUGAGAAACAAGCCGCCCCGUUACCUAGUCGCCAUCAUCAACCUACGGAGGAAUCCGGAGACGAGGAAUCGUCUACCGUAGUGGUGAAGAAAGAGCCGAGGGAUGAGGAGACAGAGGAGCGAGGUACGAACGAGGAAGAGCAACAGCAAUCGACGAGGGAGGUCUUCGUGAAGAAGGAAAUAGUAGACGAUUGCAGAGACGAGGAGGAUCAGAGUUCCUACAAUCACCGACGAAGCAGCCUCCAUGAGACGCCGGAGGACGGACGAGAGGUUAUGUCACCUCGCAUGAAUCCACCCACGCCCCGACCGACUAGCCAAGUGGAACAGGUCGCACGUAGUCCCUGCAGGAACAGCACAAGCAGUCCUACCAGCAGCGACCGAUCGGUCACACCGCGAGGUACACCUGACACUAAGGCAUCCAGUAGUCUCGGAGCGCUGUCCUCCAUGUUCGACAGCUUAUCCGGCGGUGGCGGUGGUAGCGGCGGUAACAACGUCGACUCGCAAGGACGUAAAACAAGCAGCCAUCCUCUCGCGGCGUUACAGAAAUUAUGCGAUAAGACGGAAACGCGAGGUUCUGGCGCCAGCGGUACCUCAAGAUCCGGAGGUAGUUCCGCAACUAGCACCAUCGGUUCCGGCAGCAGUAACACGGUAGGGGUGACCGGUCCAGGACCUGGGCCAACACCAGGUGCCAUCUUGGCUUUCAGCUGGGCCUGCAAUGACGCCGUAGUUACCGCGGAUUCAAUAAUGAAGUGUGCAUUCUGCGAUACACCCUUCAUUUCGAAAGGCGCGUACAGGCAUCAUCUCUCCAAAAUGCACUUUGUCAAGGACGGCGUCAUUCCGGAUCCAUUAACCAUCGGCAGAUCGGCGGCAGCAGCCGCGGCCGCGGCCGCCGCGGCGGUUUCCCAGGGCACUUCCGGCGGGCCGAGUCGCAACUCCACGUCGCCGCCGACGUCGCAGCGCAACAAGUCGCCGCCGCUUCCGCAGGCGAACGGCAGCCCGUCGCAGUCAGCGGCCUCACCCCUCGAGGAGAGCCCGCACUCCAAAUUUCUCAAGUAUACGGAGCUGGCAAAGCAAUUGUCCAGCAAGUACGUAUAGUCCGAGCCCCGUAAGUAGCGGUGCCACUUGUACAUAAGUGUAUCUAUACUGUAACGACUGUAAAACUAGCGAUGUGAAAAUUUUCAUCCUCUUCCCCCGCGAACACCGCCGCGCCGAACGACGUCGUCGCGCAUCCGACGUCUUCGGAUUUAUGCUUAAAGAGAGGCUGUGUCGUUUGGCUACCUCGAUAACGGAAAAGAAAUUCUAUGAUAAAAACUCGUACAAUUACAAAAUUAUUGAUAUAAUUCCACAUUAUCAUCUAUGCAUUUGAAACAAAUCCUGUUACAUGUAUUCUUAUUGCUGUAAGAAAUGAAUUGAAUCGUAAUAUUCGUAAUUUUUAUCUAUUUUCUUGUAAUCAUACGAUAUAUAUUUCUAACUCGAAGAUUAAAGUCAAUAUAAAUUUAUUUAGAUUUUGACGCUAUAAAAAUAAAGAAUAAUUUUUUUAUUUACAUAAGCAAUAAAAAUUUUUUUAGAUGCUUGUAGCAUGAAAAUUGAAUUCAUCACAAUUAUAUCUUCCAACCUUAAUCUGUGAUGAAUUUACAUAUACUUGCUCAAUAAAAAAUACAUACAAUAUAACAUAAAUAAUAAUUGUAUGUAUACGUUGACAAAUAUAAUUCAUUGGAUUGAAAAACGAAUCAUCGAAAAUCGAAAAAGUAACUAAUUACGUUUCUUACUUAAAAAAAGUAACUAACGGUAAUAACGUUAAAGGUAAUGCAUUAUUUCUCAAUCCUGCUCAUUGCUACAAGGAUUCAUUUUCAACUAGUAUUUUAAAAUAUCAAUUAAUAAUUAGAAUCAUAUUCAUUAUUGCUCAAAAAUUUGAAGCAUUUCAUGUAGUUUUUGAAUAAAAUUAUUUAUUAUAUAAAAUAUAAUUCUUUACAGAUGCAAUUACUUUACUGAAAAAUAAUAUAAAUUUUAAAAACUUUUAUAUACUAUUCUCUUUUUGAAAGUACCAUUAAUUCGACAUAUGCUGUUUUAAACCCUUCAUAUAUAAAAUAACGUCCCCUGAAUUUAAUUUAAUUUAAAUCGUCAAAUCCAAAAUUGCUUAUCUUUCCACGACAAAGCAGUUCAAUGAAUUUUAUUUUUUAACAUAAAAUAUAUAUUUUUUGUUUUAAUCUCUAUUUAAAUAAUAUGUGCUUAUAAAUAUGUCAAUAUUUUUAAUAAAAGUAUUGUAUCUGUAAAGAGAGAAAAUGUAAUUUAUUUUUAAAAUUGACAAAAUGCUUCAAACUUUUAAGCAACAAUAUACUUCUAAUAUUGUUUUUAAAAUUAAAGAAAAUUUAUUACUAUUAAAAGUAAAAAAAAUAAUUAUAAAUAUAAAUAAAUAAAUAAAUAAAUAAUUACAUGGAAAAAAAUAUCUUAAUUACUUAUUAGUUCUUUUGCGUGCACAAACAAAAGAUAGAAACUGAAGUUGAUGCUCCGAGAUGAUGCUGAAGGACUCUAUAUAAUACUUGUUGAGAAUUAAAUAUUAAGCCUCGCCACAGCACUCUUUCAGCUUAAAUGUGGAUAUCUCCGUCGAAAAGACUUCGCCGUUACGACGAUAUUAUUAUAGUAAGAAAUUUCGUUCACUCGCAGAAUAAAUGCAAACACGAUGCGAAAUUUCAUUUUUGGCGAUCGUUUUAGUCCAUCAUUGAGAACGCAUUUUACCAUUCCUGGGUUAGCACGAAUAGCGUGCGUCAGACCCUUCAAAAAAACUCUACAUUGGAGAGGGGCCUCAAAUUCUGUUUUAUAUACACCUCUCUCAUUAUUUCUUUUAUACCGAUCCCUCUUUUCUUCUCCCAUUUACUAUAUUUUUUAAUCGUUACGAGAAGAUUAUGCUCUAGAGUAGAUCUGCGCGUAAUCGUUUGGAAUGUUUCCUUCUCGCUGUAGAAUCAUGUGCAACAUGGGAAACGUCGCGAGAGAAAUUUUCUGCUUUUCGCAGAAUUUUCCCUCGAUCGGAAUCGCUAUGGGAAUAUGAGUCCAAGGCAGGACGCGCAUAACUUUGUACAAUCGACAUUUCCGUGUCGUUAAGACUUUCUCGCAGCACGUUUCGCCUUCCGUUUUUCCGUAUCACUUUCCUUCCAUCGGUAUGGGAAUUAAAGAAUUGUACCAGUGACUCUUACUUUCUUUCGUGCCCAAGGAACGUGAGAGGGUGUGACGAAGAUUUAGGUGUUGAACGAGCGUUAAUUAAAUUGUGAUGCCACCAUAUCUCGCGGCACUGCUGAGUCACGGGGCUCGGCACGCGGCCAAGUUUGUGAUUUUAUAAAUACUUAAGGACGUUUACGACGUGAGAUGAGCAAGAUCGCGACGAGACAAAGGAAACAGUAAAAAUUGAUUAGAGCGGAGAGAAAUGGAUAGAUAAAGAACGAGAAAGAAACGAGAGAGGGGUGGAGAACGAGAAAAGGAGAGGAAGCUUACCUAUCAUCUGUCGUAAGAUCGUCAGCAUGUAUACCUCUAGAUCGUAAGGCCGUAGUUUAUUAGCGCAUAGGAUAGGCUAGGGUUCGACCCUGUAUAGGAAUCUCUUUGUUGAUACUUAUUACUACGAAAAAAAAAGAAACCGGUGAGUUUGCUCGCGGGGACGGACGAGAGUCGCCUCGGAGAGCAUUACGACUGCUACGAAUCGAAGGUGUGUGGAGAUACACGAGCGAGUGUAAAAGCGACAAGAGCCGAAGGGUGCGGAGACGCGGUGCAAUAGCGAGCCUCGCGAUUAAUUGAAUAAGUACACGCGAGUCGAAUGCAUGCUGAAACACUGAGCGAGAGCGAGCGAAUGAAAGAAAGAGUGACAAAAGAGAAGAGGAGAGAAUGAGAGGAAGAGAGAAAGGGAAAGAGUGCAUGGAAGAGAGAAUGGUCGUCGAAGAACGCAUAUUUUUUCGACGUAAAUGCGUACGUGUAGAUCAUUGUAAAUUUUCUUUAUUCAAAUAAUAUUUAUUACGCCAUGAGCGGGCCAACGCGUCAUUUUACGUGUAAAAUAUUGUCAUUAUUAUCACUCGAAUUACGCGACUACUGUGUAUAUUGAUUAUAUAAUUAUGAUUAUCAUAUUACGAUGAUGCGUGGCGUCGUGGUGAGUGUAGUGAUAAUGUGAAGUAUAGGGCGCGAGUUUAAAUCGGACGAAAAUAUGAAUGACAAGAGCAAGAGAGAAUGAGAGAAUGAGUGUGUGUGUGUGUGUGUGUGUGUGUGUGUGUGUGUGUGUGUGUGUGUGUGUGUGUUUGUGUGUUUAAGAGGCAUGAGGAAUAAAAAGAUAGAGUGACAGUCCGAGAACGCGAAAGAAUACUUCCGAGAGAUUGAGAGACUAGAAACAGACCGGGGAAAGAUGGAGCAGCUGCGCGCGGCCUUCAACAACGAAGGCCGGAAAAGAACGGAACAUAACUUGUAUACGUAUUUCUUGUAAACUCUAAUUCUUCCAUCGCGGACUUUAAAAAGUAUUUAUCGACAUAAUAAUAAUAUUAAUAUUAUUAUAUUGUAAUUAUAUACGACUGCUGAGAGUGUGAUGAACGUAACGCGAGACGUUUACGUGGCUGCGACCAACACGACAUACAUGUAUACCUAACGACACACACACGUACAACAUGCGCGCACGCAACACGUACACACGUGGAAACACGCGUAUACACUGUCGCAGUAACACUCGAGGAAAGGAACAGCCAGCCGUGCGAAUGAUACGCUCGAAACGUACCUACCUACUUACAAACACGCAACCACAAAGAUAUGCAUCAUGUAUACGCGACUCUUGAAACCAUUUUACCAGAUUUGUCAUUAUUUAAUUAUUUCGGUUGUAUUUUAAAAUGCAAUUAAAGCUCAAAUAAAUAUAUAUGUUAUAAACUAAGAA